AUGAAGUGCGACUGCCUGGCCAGAAGAGCUAUUCUUUUCGUCAGUUUCAUCAUAGCGACCACAGUUCUUUAUGGCUUCACGACGAAGUUUCUAUUCACGGCUCCCAACUAUGAUGCUGUGAGCAUUGAUCCGGAAGGAGGAAGCUACUACGACUAUGGAUCCAAGGUCGCUGCUGCUGUCUGGAAGGGUGCUGGUCAAUGGAUUGGGACGGCCGAGUCCAGUUUGAACGACGUCACCAUCGUCCCAGAAACAUCCAGCAAAGACGCAAUGCAAACACCACAAGAGCAAAGCCAGAAUCCGGGUUCGACACAGAGCGAUGCCAUCGAUCGCGGGAACACUUUCUUGGGAGCAGCCGACAAAGAGACAGUAUCGAGGCGACGACGGUCACGACCUCGUGGUGUACGCUUGUGA